GAUCUGCCUGCCUGCCUGAGAUACCUCUUGUGAUUAAAAACGACUUUGACUUACUUUUUGAACUUUGAAUAUUCUGUUUGUUUGUAGGCUGGAUGCUCCUGGAAACUUUGAACUAUUAAAAACACCUUUUCUGUUUGAUCUCCAUCUCUGUCUCCUUAACCAGAAGUUGACACACACAAAAUAAACAUGUUCAACUUGUUAGAUAAAGAUGGUGUUUUUUUAGGCCUUUAAAAAGUUUGUAGAGUGUGGUCAGCAAACUUGACUUCCUCUGACUGAUGUGGCAGACGUUUUUCUUUGCUUCAGAGCUGCAGUAGACUUCAGUGUUGUGCGGAACAGCAUCAGCAUGAAAAUCAUUCAGCUUCAGCUCUGUGUAUUAUUCUGUUGUCAAGCUGCAGUGUCAGAUCUUCUGACUGAUCUGGGAUCAAAUGUGACCAUAAACUGUGAUCUUGAUGAAAAUGAGGUUUAUUGGAUUUUACUGAAAACAGCAGAUCCUCCAACAGUCAUCCUACGAUCAUUCUCAACAUCAUCACCGCAUCACUUCAAUAAAUCAUUCAGAAAGAAAUAUUCGGUGCAGUUUAAACAUCGUCUGGUUAUUAAUAAUAUAACUGCUGAUGAAUUAGGAGUUUAUUACUGUAUGAACACAGAAACACUUCCAAAACUCAGCAACAGCACCAGAAUAUACUUCAACGAAUCUCUACUAAGUGAGUGUCACAAUCAUACAGUGACGGAGAUUAUUAAUCAGAAUCAACCACAAUGUCAGAUUAUUAUAAUCAUAUCUGCUCUGAUGAAUGGAUUUCUGCUUAUUUUGCUGAUCGGACUAGUAAUGGUUUUUGUUGUUGGAAAAAGAAGGUCAGUAAAACGAUCACAACAACACAACACUGAUUUACAGCAGAUGCAAGCUUUAGAACAGCAACAAAACCCAAACCAGCUACAGUAUGCUGAAGUUGAUUUUACCAAGCAGCGUAGAAAGAUUCGUACCAGCCCGGUCGACAGCACUUACGCUACCCUAAAGCCACCAAAAUCAUAAACAUGCAUGCAUGCACUUAUAAUACUUUCUUGAUGCUCCUGCAAACAUCUAACCACAAGCUACAUACAAGCGUUCUCUAGAUCAGAGGUUUACAAACUGGGUAAAAUUAUUUAAUUUGAUUGAGUGUGUUACAGUUUUAUAAUGUAACUGCUUCAUUCUAUUUUGGAAAAGCCUAAAAGUUUAUAUAUAUAUAUAUAUAUAUAUAUAUAUAUAUAUAUAUAUAUAUAUAUAUAUAUAUUAUUUUAAU